UAGUGAUCGUGAUGACAGAGAUGAUAAUUUUGGUGAAGGUGGUGAAGAAGGAGAAGAAAAACCCCAAAGAGUAACAUAUAUUCCUCCUGCACCUCCUGAAGAUGAGGAAGAGAUUUUCACCAUACAACAAGGAAUAAACUUUGAUAAUUAUGAUAACAUAGCUGUGGAAGUUACUGGAAGGGAUCCAGUUAAGCCUAUCAAUAGUUUUGAUGAGGCAGCUCUUUACGAGACUUUUAAAUCAAAUGUUAAAAAGGCUAAAUAUGUGAAACCUACUCCAGUACAAAAGUACUCUAUACCUGCUAUCUUAGCUGGACGAGAUGUAAUGGCUUGUGCUCAAACAGGAUCUGGAAAAACUGCUGCUUUUAUUUUACCUGUAAUGACUGGUAUGAUGAAUAAUGGAUUAACAGGGAGUCAGAUGAGCAUGAUACAAGCUCCAGAGGCCAUAGUUAUUGCCCCAACUAGAGAACUUGCUAAUCAGAUAUUUUACGAAGCUUACAAAUUUGCUCGUGGCACAAUGUUGAAGCCCUGUGUCUGUUAUGGUGGUGUAUCCGUUGGUCAUCAACUCUCAAAGAUUGAAGCUGGUUGUCAUUUACUUGUUGCAACCCCUGGGCGAUUGAUGGAUUUCAUUGGUCGGAGAAAGAUUUCCCUGGAAGGUCUGAAGUAUUUGAUUCUCGACGAAGCAGACAGGAUGUUAGACAUGGGUUUUGAACCAGUUAUUCGCGAGCUUGCGUCAAACCCGAACUUUCCCGCUAAAACUGAACGACAGACACUUAUGUUCAGCGCAACGUUUCCAGAGGAAAUACAAAGACUUGCUGGUGAAUUUUUAAAUGAUUAUCUUUUUCUUACUGUUGGUCGAGUUGGUAGUGCUACUGCCGACAUUGAACAGAAUAUUUGUCAAGUUUCUGAAUUCGAGAAACGCGAUAAGUUAGUCGAAAUACUUAAUGAUGCUGGCAGUGACAGAAUCCUUGUCUUUGUGGAAACGAAAAGGAUGGCGGAUUUCUUGGCAAGCUAUCUUUCGCAAACUGGUUUUCCCACCACCAGUAUUCACGGAGACAGGCAACAAAGAGAAAGAGAGGAAGCCUUAUAUGACUUUAAGAAAGGACGUACUCCAGUUAUGGUAGCGACGUCAGUUGCUGCACGUGGUCUUGAUAUACAAGAUGUAAAACAUGUGAUCAACUAUGAUUUGCCAAAAGAGAUAGAGGAAUAUGUCCACCGUAUUGGGCGAACAGGAAGGAUUGGGAACAAGGGCAAAGCAACGUCAUUUUUCCAGUCAGAUAAAGAUGCAAACAUAGCUAGAUCUUUGGUGAAAGUUCUUGGUGAUGCCGAACAAGACGUUCCGGACUGGUUAGAAGAACAAGCUGAAAAUGCAAUUGGCACAAACUAUGGACCUGCUGGUGGUCGAUUUGGUGGAAGAGAUACCAGAAGGUUUGAUAAAGGUAACAGUGACGGUGGACAUAAUGAUGACUUCAACAUUAAUGGUGGUGAUGACGCUUGGGGUAUAAAUGACACAAAAAAUACUGGAGGUCAGAGUGAUGAUGAAUGGAACACUGUAGAUGCUGGUGGAGAUGAACCAUGGGAAUAACUUUCCCUCCCGUCCUCCCUCCCUCCUCCCUAAGAAAACAAAUAAUCUAUUUUUGUUAUUGUACAUUAGAGACGUUUAUAUUACUCCUUGAAGACGAUAAAAAUAUUUUGCGUAAUGUUUUAUUCACGAUCGCUUUAUUUUGGAGAUUAAUUGUUGUGUCAAUUUAUUCUUCAUAUGAUACUGGCGAAGGGUGACUAUGAAGGCAGGAUUAUUUAUUACUGAUAAAAAUUUUGUUUGAACUUUUUUUCAACAAAAUUUCAUCAGUAAGGGUCCGGUUACGGGCUUAAUUGUAGAAAUAUGAAACUUAUAAAUUCAGCAAAAAUA